AUGACCAUCCCCUUUGACACCGAUAACUUUCCCUGUACAAAAUGCACCAAGCACUUCCCUACUCAUGCCCAGCAGUCAUCUCAUCUCCAUGACGUCCACGACGCCGAGAACCCAUGGCUCUGCCUACGCUGCCCGCACACUUCAGCGACCAAGGCUCUCCACGACCAGCACAUGAGUACUCAGCACAAUGACACAAAGGCAUACUACACCUGUCCUCGCCGUCGAGUCUGCGCCCUCGCGACCCCGACGAAGGAUAUGAUGGAUCGGCACUUGCGGUACGAUCAUGCUGCGGAGCCGUGCUGCCCAACGUGCGGUUUCGCGAAUGAGAGUAGGCUCGGUGUGUCGAUGCAUGUCUUGCAUGAGCAUGCUCAUCGGUGUGUGGAAUGUGGUGAGGGGUUUGAGACGGAGGGAAAGCUGCGAUCGCAUACCUACACACAGCAUACCCUACCAGCCGAAACCGAGGCUGAAGCUAGACAGGCUCAGCAGGCCACCCUAUCGCUCGAGACUGAUGGCCACGGUGCCGCGAAAGCUUUCGUAGAUGCACUGACCCCUGAAGCACUGGACGCCAUCAUUGCGAUCGAGUCUGGCAGAAUCCAUGCAACACCGACUUCAAUCGAUCUCGUGGGCCUCCCAACACCAUCCACAACAGCCACCCCAGAAGCGAUCGAGCUACCACAACAAAAGUGGCCUACCGUCUCCCUCGCACCGACCCCAGAGCACCCCCAGGGCCAGCAGCAUUCCCCGCCUCCGCCUCCACCUCGCCACGAAUACCCCCGCGACUCACCUUCCCAACCACAUACCUCGCCCAAACCUUCACCCCCGCCGACUUCAAACCCGCAAACCAUCUACCUAGGCCGCAACCUCGCCACCCCACAUACCUACCGCCACUGCCCGCCCCAAAUCCCCGACUCCAUCCUCUUCCACGCCGAACCCCGCAUGCUAGCCUACGGCAACCUGCUCCGCCUGGCGGAAACCCACUCGAAUGCCCAGAUCAUGGAGUUGGCGAAUGCCGGGCGUCCGGAGCCGGUGUUUCGAAUCGACGGGCGUUGGAGAGGCGGUUGA